GGUCCUUCCUUAUCUAACACGAACUUGUUUCACUUAAUACAUUUGGUUUAUAUAAUAGUAAGACAAAAAAUGGCACAUAUAUUAGUAACUAGUGUUUUAAGUUGUAUUUUUAUUAUUUGUGUAAAUAUAGCGAACGGACAAUUGAACUGGACGGAUUGUAAACCUAACGAGUUCGCUGACCCUAUCUAUGUCCACUCUUUAAUUGUAUCACCGUUGCCGAUCCGCCUGCCCGGAGUCUACAAUGUCUCGUUUGAUGCUGUGGUAAGUAGUUAUAUAGACGAACUGGUUAUCGAGGUGGAUAUUGGUUGGAGGAAUCGUACGUCUGGUGAGAUGGAGAAAGUUUUCCCAGAAGAUGAAAAUAAGUCGUUACGCGUGUAUGACGCCUGUUACGUCAUCAACAAGAUUUUAUUUAGUGACCCUAGUGCCAUAGCCAACGAUAUUGAUGUACACAUAGAUAAACUUCUGGUAGAUGCACUCAGGUAUCACGCCGGAUGUCCACUUCUCGCCGGCAGGAUGACUAUUUCUAGCCAGCCGAUCCAACUUCCGGUCAAUAUUAUACCAAUGAACGCUUUAAGAUCGGACCGUUAUGCAGUGAAAAUUAAUUUCAAAAACAGAAGAAACAAACUCUUAGGUUGUAUACAAUUUCAUGCGCCUUAUGGUGGACAAGUUAUCAAUUAAAUUCAUUCAUUAUA